GUGUUUAACCAGCCAGGUGUUGCCACCCGUUCGAUCUUCCCAGGACUAUUUUCCCAUUUGCUUGAAGAUGAUUCACAGGUCAGGCAGAGCCCUGAUCGCAGUGACGAUCAGCCUGUGGGCCGUGGCCCUGACGGCAUCGUCGGACAACCACGAAUCGACUGCCGGCGGGAACGUCCUGUACAAGCCCAUCAGCAACGACAACGCCACCCGCGCCGCCAUGUACUGGAGGCACAUGAUCGACCGCCACCCGCAGGCGGCUGCCCAGGCCUCGAUGUACUGGAGGGUGUUAUCGGCGGAGGAUCCCGAAGGCGCGGCCACGGCCGCCAUGGAGAUGCGCAAGUCCACGGCGUCCGACCCGGAGGGCAUGGCCCAGACGGCCUUCCUCUACCAGAGACUCUCCUCGCGCAACGAGGACUACGCGCAGCUGGCGCUUGACUACUGGCGGAAGAUGGCGGCCAACGACCCCGAGGUCACGGCCAGGUCAGCCAUGUACUGGCAGACAGAUCCGGAGGCGGCCAUGUAUUGGUAGUGCCGUCUCGCCUCUUCUCUUUAGCUAGCAUUAAUAAUCCUCUGCAUUAUUUAUCAUUUCACGUCAAGUACAAUCACUGAAAUGCGCUCUCUGCUUGCGUAACAAGUGUUCGUAUUUUUUCAAAAUUUGAAAAAGCCAUCCACUUCUUUUGUUAUUUCUAAGAAUAUGACUACUCGGCAAAGGCGUUUGUUCACAUACAAAUAAAAUCCACUCAUACUCUACAAACGCUCAGUACUACAGCUUUGUCCAUUUUUCUUAAUGUCAUACAAUUACAAGUCACCCGUUUGAAAAUAAAUGUGUCAAUAAAAUACAUUAUCCUCUCCAGAAAAACAAAAGCAACACACAUCUAUUAUAAUUUAGUCUGACCACAAGAAAGAAGGCAUAGAAAAGACUUUAAAAUAUUCUUUGUAACUACCGUUUUUGUUAUUGCACUCCUGGAAAUGUUUUCUUUGGUUGUGUGAGAGUUACAUUACAAUUUUCCUUCGCAAUAUUAUUUCCUCGUGGUUUUGUGUCCGUUUUCCCAGUACUUUUGUAGCAUUUUUUGACCAACUUUAAACUUUUACAAUGCUGACUGACUGUUGCUUACGCAUAUAUGUAUAUGUAUAUACGUAUAUGCAUAUAUAUAUGCAUAUACAUAUAUAAUAUAUAUAUGCAUAUAUACAUACACUGUGCACUAAAAUCAUUAAAUGCAAGAACACAGAACUAACCUUAAUGAGCUCAUAUCGACGGAUUCUUCUGUGUUGAUGCUGAUAGAAGAAUACCCUCCUCCGUUUUCUACGAACUGCUGCACCUCUUUCUCCUGUACCCCAGACUAAAGAAAAAGAUGGGUAUGUAAAUUGAAAAAAUUAAAAGUAUAUUGUUGCUGGAUAAUAUAACUGAUUUUAAUAAUGGGAAUUUUCUGAGGUAAAAAAUACAUAUGUACUCUUAUUAAACAAACAUAGACCUAAAUAUAUACUUAUAUUAAG